CGCAGUCAGAAAACACGAGACUCAAGCUGAGGUACGCGGUGCGGGUCUGAGGUGCGGAUCUGUGGAAGGAUGGAGUCACUGAAGGUGGAAAAGUUUACGACCGCCGACCGGGGAAAUGGGCUGCGUGCCGUGGCCCCACUGCGCCCCGGGGAGCUGCUCUUCCGCUCCGACCCUUUGGCGUACACUGUGUGCAAGGGGAGUCGUGGCGUCGUCUGCGAUCGCUGUCUCCUGGGGAAGGAAAAGCUGAUGCGGUGUUCUCAAUGCCGAAUCGCCAAAUACUGCAGUGCCAAGUGUCAGAAAAAAGCUUGGCCGGACCACAAGCGGGAAUGCAGAUGUCUUAAAAGCUGCAAGCCCAGAUAUCCCCCUGACUCCGUGAGACUUCUGGGGAGAGUCGUCGUCAAACUUAUGGACGAGAAGCCCUCGGAGUCAGAGAGGCUUUACUCAUUCUACGAUCUGGAGUCCAAUAUUGACAAACUCACCGAAGAGAAGAAGGAGGGCCUGAGGCAACUUGCAAUGACAUUCCAGCAUUUCAUGAGAGAAGAGAUUCAGGAUGCUUCUCAACUGCCGCCAUCUUUUGACCUUUUUGAAGCCUUUGCAAAAGUGAUCUGCAACUCGUUCACCAUCUGCAAUGCGGAGAUGCAGGAGGUUGGCGUUGGCCUGUACCCCAGUAUGUCUCUGCUGAAUCACAGCUGUGACCCCAACUGCUCAAUUGUGUUCAACGGGCCCCAUCUCUUGCUGCGUGCAGUGCGAGAAAUCGAGGCUGGAGAGGAGCUCACCAUCUGCUACCUCGACAUGCUGAUGACCAGCGAGGAGCGCCGGAAGCAGCUGAGGGACCAGUACUGCUUUGAGUGCGACUGUAUCCGAUGCCAAACCCAGGACAAGGAUGCUGAUAUGCUAACGGGUGAUGAGCAAAUAUGGAAGGAGGUUCAAGAAUCCCUGAAAAAAAUUGAAGAACUGAAGGCACACUGGAAGUGGGAGCAGGUUCUGGCCCUGUGCCAGGCGAUCAUAAGCAGCAACUCGGAACGGCUUCCUGACAUCAACAUCUACCAGCUGAAGGUGCUCGACUGUGCCAUGGAUGCCUGCAUCAACCUGGGGAUGCUGGAGGAGGCCCUGUUCUACGCCAUGCGCACCAUGGAGCCCUACCGGAUCUUUUUCCCGGGAAGCCACCCCGUCCGAGGUGUGCAAGUGAUGAAAGUUGGCAAGCUGCAGCUGCAUCAAGGCAUGUUUCCCCAAGCCAUGAAGAAUCUGAGGCUGGCCUUCGACAUUAUGAAAGUGACCCAUGGACGAGAGCACAGCCUGAUUGAAGAUUUAAUUCUUCUCCUGGAAGAAUGUGAUGCCAACAUAAGAGCCUCCUAAGGCCAGCCAGAGGGACAGGGGAGGUGGCGCACCCUCGUCGAACGCCUUAUUGAGGUCACACACUCUGUGAUGUUUGCUAUGUGAACCUCCUGUAGAAAAUGCCAUUCUGUGUUUAUGUGGGUAACUGUGUUUCUGUGGUGUGUUGUGAGAAGAUCCAUUCAUGGUCAAGCAGAACCAUUACAAUAAAUACGAAAGUUGAAAAGAGUUGAAAAUGCCAUCUGGCAGCUUGGCUUUGCCUACUCCUGGGUGAUUUGGAUGUUUAAAAUCUCAGCAUUGGAAAUGAGGAACUUAACAGAAGAUAGGAUGAAAGGCUGGGUGGUGGUGGCGCACACCUUUAAUCCCAGCCUUCAAGAGGCAGAGGCAGGUGGAUCUCUGUGAGUUCAAGGCCAUUUUGGUCUACACAGUGAAUUCAGGAACAGCCAGAGCUCUGUAGAGAGACCCUGUCUCAAAAAACCAAAUGAAAACAGAAAUAGGAUGGAAUAAGCUAGAACUUCCUCCGUGGAUGUGUAUAGAGGCAGUUGGCCUAAAGUAGUCAUUUUCACCUCUACUCCUAAACACAAGCGGAUGUCCAUUUUGUCAAGAAGCAGAUUUUUUAUUGUUGUUCUUUUAUUUUCAUUGGCAUGUAUUAAGUGUACUAAAUAAUGUGAUUCGCUGUGAUAUUGCAGUGCCUGAAUACACGUGUCUAAUGUGCACCUACCAGGACAAAUCUGGCCUCCCUGUCUUUCCCCUGCCUCUACAGUUCACGUUUCUCACAUUGCCCACCCUGACUUUUACACGCGAGGGAGAAAGGGUCACACUCAUCUCCGUCCCUGGCUUAUUUCACUUCAUACAAUUUUCUCCAGUUCUGUUCAUUGUGCUACAGAUGACAGAAUCUCACUCAUCUUUACAGCUUAAUAAUAUUCUGCUAUUUACAUGUCCUUCCUUUUUCCUUGUGCGUGUUGGUGAGGGCCUAAGGUGAUUACAGCCUCGGCUGUGAUGAGUAGCUUCACAGUAGACGUGGACAGACAAGUAUGUUUGGGGGUUACAGAGUUCAUUUCCUUUUGACAUGUACCUAGAAGUAGGAUGGCUAGAUCCCAUGGGGUCCUGUUUUGAUAGGGCUACCUGACAUCCUGAUUUAGGUUCCCACCAACAGUGUUCCUUUGCUCCAUGGUCACGCCAGCAUUUGUUACCUGGGGGUCGUGCUUGCUUUGUCGUUGGCUCUAGUGGCGUUGUAACUGCGCAUCUGAUAUUUCACUGUAGCUUCAGUUUCCCCGAUGACUGAUGAUAUUGAUUGUGCCUCCUGUGCUUGUAACUGCGCAAAGCAGCUGCUCAUUUUGUAAUCAGAAUCUUGUUUUUUGAAUUCCCUACACACUAGAAAUAUACUAUGUAUUGUGGCUAUGAA